AUGUCUACGCCGCACCUUCCCGUCGAAAUUCACGACAUCAUUUGUUCGCAUCUUGCGAGGGGGGAUUUGCACAGCUAUCGGAGCGCAAGCCGGUAUCUCGCUAAUAUCGGUGCGCAAUAUCUAUUCAGGCAUCUCACAUUUCAUGCGAGCUAUGCCAGCUUGGACCGUAUCGCGAAUGUUGGAAACUACAAUCACCUAACUUGUCUCGUUGAGACUGUCACCUGGGAUACUAGCUCGAUAAAUUUGGAUGUUACGGACUUUGACGACUGGAAGACCAAAAUUCUCAGCUUGAGAUGUCAAGAGCUGGGAGAGCUACGGUCAAGAUGGUAUAAGCAGAUUCAAAAUCACGAUGCCUGUGAAAAUCUUGUACAGCGGUAUUUCUGGGAGGAAUAUGAGCGGUACAAGGCGAUGGUAGCAACAGAACGGGACGUGCAAGCCCUCCUCUUGAGAAACGUAGCGAACCUCGUCGCGCUUUUCCCUAAGCUGAAAACCAUCCUCGUCGAAAAGAAGAGGUACGACUACGACGAUGGAUAUCUGGAUAUGGAGGUUCUCGAGCCUCAUUCUGAAAAGCUGGUGAAAAGAGGCAUGCUACACAGACACCCACUAUCACGACCCGUGCCAUAUAAGCACUCCACCGACAUGUUCCCGCUCGUCGCGGCGCUGAACGCCGCGCAAAAGUCUACUCAGCAAGUCGAAGCGCGAACCCUUCGUUACAAAAUCUUCAGCCAGCUCGAAUAUACACAGCACUUGCAGCAUGUGGACGUCUCGCAGAUCACACGCCUGAAUCUCCGCUUUGCCCUGCUCGACCCCUCCUCCAACCCCCAGGAUUCAAGCCUGAACAUCAUGAACUGCAGGCACACUCUCAGCCAGGGUCACCUGCGAGAAUUCCUUCAAAAAUUCUCAAAUCUGCAGUCGCUUGGGUUAGACUUCGAAGCCAGAUCUCUCGGAAACGGACGGGCACCGGCGAACUUGCAAGAUAUCUUCCUUGUAGUGCAGGACGUCGUCUGGCCUUGCCUUCAGCACCUCACCAUCUACCACGCUGACACCCCGGCUUCGAAUUUCACCGCACUUCUCGCAUCGCAUGCGUCGUCCCUGAGGAGCCUGUCGCUGAGCGACGUGUGCCUCGAUCCGCCCGGCUCGUGGGAAGCCAUCCUCACCGACCUACAACCUCACCUCUCGCUAUCUUCCGCCACAUUCUCGCAGUUCCUGUUCGAUGCGCGAAUAGACAGUUUUCUGAGAGGCAGAAGCGCUCUGAUGGGAUGGUAUUGCGAUAGUGAAGAGAGUGUGGAGGCGAUGUCUUCGCUGGGACCGCGGUUGGAGAAGUUCAUGGUCAAGGGGGGCGCUUGUCCCUUGAACGAGGAGAAAAAGGUUGCGAGGAUUGUGGGGAGGAUGGAGGAUCUGGUGGGGGGAGGGAGUGCUAGUGUCAUCAUUUGA